GUUUUAUCAACAAGAACAAGAGCUCAUGCUGUGAGAUAGAACAAGAGGUCAUCGUUGAUAGCGGGAGAUGUUUGACCUUGACAGUGUGGCCGAAUCAGUUGGAAUGCCGCUAACCUGACCACAGUUUCAAUACUAAGUUUGAGUUUGAGCUCUCCUCUCCUCUCACAUCACGCUGCGCAAAAUGGUGGGUGAUCCUCUCAUCGAACUUCCUGAGGAAGAACUUAAUUUCUACUGUGAGGAAGUGCUGAAAAAAGACUGGCCCAACACUAUUCAUGUCUACUAUUUCAUCAAAACAUCAUUAGAAUGGCGAAGAAAGAAGAAUUUGAAAAUACAAUUAUUAGCCACGAAAAAUUGUUUGAGUGAUGGGACAUUUAUAGGAGUAAAAUACUCUGACAAUGGUAGCAGUAUGAUUGUUAUGUACACUCUCAACGACGAUGCACUGGAAAAUGCUCUGAAAACAAGUAUGAAAAUUGACUGGAGUAGAAGACCCGUUCUGGAGGCGAUACUUGACAGGCAUAUUGGUGUAGUGAAACGGUCAAUAGCAGCAAGAGGCAUCAUUUCAAAACCUUACUCAUUCAGUGGCAUAUAUUACAUGGAUAUACAACAAGCUGCUAACAUUGAGAUUCCGCCGACAGAAGAAGUGAGAAUUGAGCCGGUGACAGAUGGCAAGGACUUGGAGUACAUCUACAGUGUGUGGGCACACAACGACAUCUACAGUUACGGCGAGCUGUUGGACUCGGCGCUGCUGGGUGGCUCGUAUGGAGUCUUCUCCAGGGAGAACGGUCUGCUGCUGUCGUGGGUGAUGGUGACCCAUUACGGCGGGGUGGGGGUGUUGCAGUCGCGGGGGGAGCACCUGCGCAAAGGCUAUGCGUCGCUGGCCACACGCACACUCACCAAGGCCAUGGCUGGUUGCGGCAUCUCGCCGCACGCUUGCAUCAUGGACAACAACGCACGCUCAAGAGCCUUCUUCGAGAAAAUCGGAUACAGCAGAGUGGCCGGUAUACAGUACCUCACAACACAGCCCAUGUGAUUGAUGCCCUAGUAAGCCAGUUACACACACAUCGAUUUUGGACGUACGAUUUUUUGCCGUACUUAUAAAUUCUACCAGCAGAUUGAAUGGAAUUUGACAAACAUAUGAUCACAUCAUAUAUUUUAUAUUCAAUCCAAUAGAAUUUAUAAGGACGGCAAAAAAUCGUACGUCCAAAAAUCGAUGUGUGUGUAACGAGACUUAUACUACAGUAUUAUCUAUACAAAAUCCUGUACAAAUUUCUGUUUAAAUCGUGAUAUUAAUAAAAGUAUGUAUAACUCA